UUUUUUGUCUCUCUGUCAUGGAGCUGUAACAGUAUGGUAGAGGCUGGCUGUGCGUAGGUCGUCUUGUGGACUAAAAAGUAAAGUGGAGAGGGGCUGAAAAAGUCUGAAAAGUCAGUGAAUCCAAGUGUGUGGAGCUUGACAGGUGAAUGUCAGGAAUGGGGACAGUCCCUAAUGACAUCAGGAGGCUUCUGGACGACUGCGAGACGUUCCUUGCAGAGAUACUUCAGGAUGAGGACCUCAGUGAAGAUGGUCAAGAGGCCCGAAGAAUCUUACUGAGUAACUUCAAGGUGGUGCGUGGCAGAAACCCUCAGGAAUUCCCCUUCCAGCCGGACUACAGGGAAGAAGACGGCUCUGAUGACAACCGCAGCUCCAGCCUGGGUCGCUCUGCCCCGUCGGACGAUGCUUCGGUAGCCUCUGACUACCAGGAUGAUGGAGGUGCUGAGUUUUUUGAAGACAUCCCCCUUGUGGCAGCUCAGGAGCUCAACAACAUCUUGAAACAAGGCUACUUGGAAAAGAAACGAAGAGAUCACAGCUUCUUCGGCUCGGAGUGGCAGAAGCGAUGGUGUGUCCUGAACAAUUCAAUAUUUUACUACUUUGGGACCGAUAAAGAUAAACAGCAGAAGGGCUCCUUUUACAUCAAUGACUACGGCGUACAGCUGGUGGCCAACCUGAGAAAAGACUCCAAAAAAAAUGCCUGUUUUGAGCUGUUUGCCCCCGGACGGCGAGCCUUCCAGUUUACUGCCAGCAGUCCUCAGGAGGCCAGAGAAUGGGUCAACCAGAUUAAUUUUGUACUAAGAGAUCUCAGCUCCAGCUCCAUCCCGGUUGACGACGACGAGGAGGAAGAGGAGGAGGAGGAGGAGGAGGAAGAAGAGCAGACCUAUGAUGACAUUGAGGGGCUGACUGCCGGCCCUCCCCCGCCGCGGCCGCACGCCGCUGCCCAGGCCCCUCACGCCGUCAAACACGCCAGAGUGCAGGAGACGGAGGAGGUGGAAGAGGAAGAUGAGGAUAUCUACGAGGUGCUGCCAGAAGAAGAUUUUCCAGAUCCGACAGACGAGGUCACCGAGAUGAACAGCAAACAAGCUUUGUCAUCAGAUUACGCUAACUUCUACCAGGGUUUAUGGGACUGCCAUGCCGACGAGCCUGACGAGCUGGCCUUCCAGAGAGGAGAUCUCAUCUACAUCAUUAGCAAGGAGUACAACAUUCACGGCUGGUGGAUCGGCGAGCUGAACGGCACCGUCGGCAUCGUCCCCAAAGACUUCCUGCACCCGGCCUACAUCCUCUGAGCUCCGCCAGAGCUGCUGCUGCUGCUGCUGACGCGUCCUGCCAUGAAUUUCAGAGACAGCAUCGCCCCGUCAGAUCAUAUGUAUUUUGGAAAUUACCCUCCACCCCUUCUCCACCUCUCUUUCUUACUUUCUUUAUCUCGUAAGAAUGUAAAUGUAUAACUAUGUGUAAAUCCCGCUGCAGUAGAAGUCACAUUCACACUAUAAAUUACACAGAUGUGCUGGUUUUCAAACUAUAUUAUAUCAAACUAGAGCUCAAAAAGCUUUAAUCAAUGAGUCAUUUAACUGGAAAUUAAAGAAGUUUGAUGAUUGAUUCAUCUUUUAAUU